UUCAUAUUUUUCUUUCCUUUUUCUUUAUUUGUUUUUUCAACAACCUUAUAAAUCGUUUUUUUUUUUUUUUCAAUCCACACCAUAAAUUUCGGAAAUGCAUUUUACACAGACUUUUCAGUUCGUUUAUACAGCAAUCGCUGCUAUAUAUAUAAGAUAAAUAUAUAUGUAUGUAUCGUAUAUAUUUAUCUAAUAUUUAAGCCCUCUGGAGUUUACCUUUUAUUUCGUGCGUGUCCUGAUCUCUGUGCUUUUUAUUUAUUUUUUUAUUAUAUUUUUUACUUUUUUACUUUUUUUUUCUUAAAUUCGAAAGUUCCGGAUAUUUUAAAAAAAAGAAGUUACACCUUUAAAUAAUACAUAUAUAUUAAAGAAUUCAACCGGAUAAAGAAAUUCUAAAAAGGAAAGGAUAUAUAUUUAUUCAAAGCUCAUAUAUAUAUAUAUAUACAUACAUAUAUAUAUAUAUAUAUAUAUAUAGUUCUCGAUAACAAGAAGCUCGUUAGGAUGGGCUGGCGUACCUUGGACGAGCUGUGAAACCGCGGGAGAGGAGAGGAAGGAGACUCGUUCGAACGACGACCCAGAAGGAAUUUAACUGGGCCGACAUAAAAAAAAAAUUUUUGUUGAAAUAAUCAUUUACGUAUUCCCACAAAAACGGAUUGUAUGUGGUAUAUUGACUAAAUAUUUACCAAUAUGUAUCCAAACCGGCAUCCUAAUCCACAUCAACCUGGGCAGCCGUUCAAGUUCACAGUUGCUGAAUCAUGUGACAGAAUCAAAGAGGAGUUCAGUUUUUUACAAGCACAGUAUCACAAUCUCAAGAUGGAAUGUGAAAAACUUGCACAGGAAAAAACAGAAAUGCAACGACAUUACGUCAUGUACUAUGAAAUGUCAUAUGGUUUGAAUGUUGAAAUGCAUAAACAGACAGAGAUUGCAAAGCGGUUGAAUGCAAUCUGUGCCCAAGUUAUUCCAUUCUUGUCACAGGAGCAUCAGCAACAGGUUGCAGCUGCUGUAGAACGAGCCAAACAGGUGACCAUGGCUGAACUGAAUGCAAUUAUAGGGCAACAAGUUCAGGCACAGCAUCUCCCUCAUGCUCACCCACCAGCCAUUCCAAUACCACCUCAUCCUGCUAGUUUACAACCCCCUGGAAUUCCAGUAUCAAGUGGAUCAGGACUUUUGGCACUUUCAGGCACAUUUCCUGGCAACCCACAUUUAAGUGGAUCUUUAAAAGAAGAGAAGGAAGAGAAACACAGAGCAUCCGCAUCACCAGCUGAUCGUGACAAGUAUAGACAUCGAAGUAGGUCCCCUGAAGUAAAUGACAGCUCAAAAAAGCGAAGAGCAGAAGAGAAACCCAAUGAUAGUGAUGGCGAGAAGAGUGACCAAGAUCUCGUAGUUGAUGUAGCAGAAGACACAUCACCUGUAAAUGGAGAUUUAUCACCCAGAGAAAAAGUUAUGAAAGAUGCUCAUAAAAAAGAUGACAGAAGUAGUCCACGAAGCGAUUCAUCAUCACAUGCAAGCACAGCUUCAUCUUCAAAACAUAAAGAGAAUGACAAAUCUGGAACACCUGUAUCAAAGUCAAUAACCCCUACCAGUUCCGGCAGUGUCACACCCGGCCCCUCCAGUGGGCUAAAACCUAUAGCAAAAGCACCUCCUUUAAAAUUUCCAUAUGUUUCAGGCGCGUACCCAUUCAUGCCACAUGCUAGUCACGCAAUUUCAGCUGAACUCAGUCCUGGAGCUUACAGUAAUAACAUGCUUCAUAAUAGUAUAUCAUCCAAUAGUUAUUCCAGAGGACCAAUGGGGGGAUUUGAUCCACACGGCCACAUGAGAAUGCCAUCUUUUAGUGGAUUUCAAAGUGGGAAACCUGCUUACUCAUAUCAUGUGAAUGCUGAUGGUCAAAUGCAACCAGUUCCAUUUCCCCCAGAUGCAUUGAUAGGGCCAGGAAUCCCUAGACAUGCUCGACAAAUCAAUACCUUAAAUCAUGGAGAGGUUGUGUGUGCUGUGACUAUCAGCAACCCCACUAGGCAUGUGUAUACUGGAGGAAAGGGCUGUGUUAAAGUAUGGGAUAUCGGUCAGUCAGGAAACAAAAAUCCAAUAUCACAACUUGAUUGUUUGCAACGAGAUAAUUAUAUCAGGUCCAUCAAACUGCUGCAAGACGGUCGAACAUUGAUUGUAGGGGGAGAAGCAAGUACUUUGUCAAUAUGGGAUCUAGCAGCUCCAACGCCACGUAUCAAAGCUGAGUUAACAUCGAGUGCACCUGCAUGUUAUGCACUUGCGAUUAGUCCUGACUCUAAAGUUUGCUUUAGCUGUUGCAGUGAUGGAAACAUAGCUGUUUGGGAUUUGCAUAAUCAGACUUUAGUGAGGCAGUUUCAAGGACAUACAGAUGGGGCCAGUUGUAUUGAUAUUUCUCCUGAUGGCACAAAGCUUUGGACUGGUGGUCUGGAUAAUACGGUUAGAUCUUGGGAUCUCAGAGAAGGACGACAACUGCAGCAACACGAUUUUACUUCUCAGAUUUUCUCCCUUGGUUAUUGUCCAACUGGUGAAUGGCUUGCCGUUGGUAUGGAAAGUAGUAAUGUUGAAGUCUUGCAUCACACCAAAGCUGAUAAGUAUCAACUCCAUUUACACGAGAGUUGUGUAUUAUCACUCAAGUUUGCUUACUGUGGUAAAUGGUUUGUAAGCACUGGCAAAGAUAAUCUGCUGAAUGCUUGGAGAACACCUUUUGGUGCCAGCAUAUUCCAGUCAAAAGAAUCCUCAUCUGUCCUUAGUUGUGAUAUUUCCACAGAUGACAAAUACAUUGUCACAGGAUCAGGAGACAAAAAAGCCACAUUGUAUGAAGUAAUGUUCUAGAAAAAUAAAAAUUAUCAUAAACCACACAUUUUUUUAAAGAAUGAAAGAAAAAAUUAACAAAACAAAAAAAACGUUUUUGUCUCUAUUGACUUUUAAAAAGAAAAGGCAAAGAAAAAGAAAUCUUUAUAGUUGUCAAACUUUUUUUUUUUUUUUAAACUCGCAGUUGUUUUAAAUAAACAUUAGUUUGACAUGGACAAGUUUACACAUCAACACAACUAUAAAAAUAAUCAGAGGAGCCGAAACAAGCAGACCAAUUCUUCAAUAGUUUAAGAGCCUUUGAGUCUCUGCUAUUUCAGGCAAUGUAAAUGACUGAACUGUUGAUGAUAUUGUUGUUGUGGUUUAAUUGUUCACAAUGAUAUGUGUAUCAUAACAGCUAAGAAACUGGUUUGGAGAAGGAACAUUUAGGUUUGUUUCUGUUAGUUCCUCCUUGCCUCUCACUUCAUUCCCCAUUCUGUAUGUAAAAAAGAAACUGUUUAAUAUAUUAGUUAUGUUUGUAAAAAAAAUAAACAAACAAAAAAGAAUUUAUCAACCAAAUUAAAAUUAAAAAAAAAAAUUGAAGAAACAAAAACUGUUUUUCAAAGGAAAUGAGCAAUUUUGCAUAUGGGUUCUUCAAGCCAAUUUUAACAAAAAACAAACAAAAAAAAAACUCCAGAAGAUCUCUAACAUUCAAAUAUGUACCAUUUGUUUGGUGAGAUCCCUAAAGAAAAUUUUUUUUUUUUUUAAAAGUAAAGAAAGAAAUAAGAACAAUUAAAUCAAGUUAUAUUUAAAAUAAAGUAAAAAAAAACUUGUUCAUUUAAAUAUUUGCCUGCUCAGCAGUAAUCUGUAGCUGGGUUCUACCAACACACCUACAUCUACACCUACAAUUUCAACAUUACAAACAUGUUUAUUAUUAUUUUUUUUAAUCAAUGAAAGAAAAAAAGAAAAAAAAAACUGAAAUAAUUCAAAAAUGAACAUUUGAGAAUUUUACAAAGUGAAAAGAGAAACUACCUCUGCAUGUGAGGUUGGCGACUGCUUGGACUGGGAAAAUUAUUACACCUUUUUUCAUCUGUAUAUGCUCACUAAUAUAAAUUCACUCACACAUAUACAUUUUGAUUGGAGCUGCUUCGUUUUGAAAGAGGUCUUUUGAAAGUUGUGGUUUAUAAAGAAAUUUUAUUUUGUUUGGUAUAAAAAAAAAUGCGCAUGUUAACUUUUACAUAAUUAACUUCAUGCUCAGACUUUCUUUCUCUCUCUUUCUCAUAUACACAUUUUCUUCAUCUACGCCACUCUCUUUCUUAAACCCACCAUUUACUUUCUUUUUGUUAUUUUUUUUUUAUUUUGUAAUUUAUUAACCACACACACACAUAUGCAUACCACACAAAAAUUCUGACUCCAUAUGUCACAAUGUUUUCUUCGCUCCUCGGGGAUUACCAGGCAGCAUAAUACUUUAUGGAAGUUGUAGAGAAAAAAACAAAUAUCUGCACUUCCCCAUCUAAACCUCACCUGGGACAUAGUCAUUUCAUGCUACUGUACUGUGUACAUUAUAUAUAUAUAUAUAUAUAUAUACACACAUAUGUAUGUAUAUAUAUAUAUAUAUAUGUAUGUAUGCACAUGUACAGACAUACAUACUUAUUUCUCUUCAAGCCAGCUGCUGCAAGACAACUGGUCUUGCAGUGUUAAUAUAGUGAAUAAUUUCAGUAUUUUCAUAAACAUUUUCGACAUUCUCUGAAUGCACAGCAGUGAGUUUUAACCUUUCUUUUUUUUUUAAAAAAAACUCAUAUCACCAUUUUUUUUUUCUCCCCACAUUUUUCUUCUCCUUAAUUCAUUUUCUGAAUUGUAAAGAAAUGUGAUAUAUUCCCCAUACCUCUACCACAUCUCCCCCCCUUUUUUUUUUCAUUCUCUCUCUCACUUAUGUUUAAUUAUUAAGGAUUACUUUGUGCUUCUUAAUCCUGUUAUGAGUUUAUCAAAUAUUUUACUGAUUUAUUUAAAAACAAAAAUUUAAUCCACUAGAAUCAUUGAAAUCAAAGUAAGUUUAAUUUUAUUUAUGCUAUUCCUAUGCUAAUUUUAUCAUAGCUGUUGUUAUGUUACAACUUCAAAGCAAUGGGUGUUUUUUUUUUUUUAAACAUUUUUGUUUUUUAAACACGUACACAUGCAUGCUGUCCUAAAUGUAUUUGCUGAGAUUUUGCAAGUAAGCUUUUUUGUCCACAUAAAAAGUUAGUUAACUAUCUCAGUAUAAGAAAAUGAAGAGCAGGUUGUAAGAAUGCAAGCGCAACAAGAGAUAGAAUUAAUCAAUUCUCAAAUUUGGGCUUAAUUAUUUAGUUCAAUGAAGUGGAAGCUUCAAUUUAGAACUUUUCACUUUUUACUGUUCAUAUGACUAAUGCAUGGCAUGAGGAUUAUCUGUGAUUUUUGGUCAUCCAUUUAAUGUACCUCACGUGUAAAUGUUUAGAAUCUUUUGGUUAUUUUGGUAAGAUUAAACCAUUUGUAUUAAUCUACAUAGAUCCCUGCACAUCUGUUGACAGUUAGCUGACUAAUUACUUGAAAUUAAUGAACUCUAAGUGAUACUACUACUACUGCUAAUAGUAAUAAUGGAUCUCUGUAACACAACAAAAUUACUCUAUCUUGAGAGUUUAUUAAUAGAAACAAAUCCUUUCAUUUCAUCUGUCACUAAUAACCCCCCCGAGAAAGAUAUAAAUGCUAUUCAAUUUCAAUUUGUCUUAUUUACAGAAAGAACUUAGUUAUAUAAUACACUGCUCUUCACAAACAUUUAUAGCUGGAAAUAUUCCUGUAAGGCAAUGUCAUUGAUUUCAUCGUUCAUAAAGGUUUUGUGGUAAUUUCAUUGUAAUUAAUUUGUGCCCUCUCUUAGCAAUACUGAACUCUGACCAUUCGUUUAAGCCAAUCCUCAACUUUGAUAUCUUGCUUUGUGGUACUAAAGCUAUCUGAAUGAGUUACUUCUUACUUUUUAGUUUCUUUCCAGCUUGAAAAUUUAAGGGCAGACAUCUCAAUUUGUAUGGUCAAUUAGUGAAUCAGUGAUCAACUAAUGAGUGAAAAAAAAAAUGUUUAAACUAAACAAGCUUAGUGACAUCAUAAGAACAGUUUCAAAUUACCACUUAAUAUGCCCACCACCAGACGAAAACACACCCAUGCACGCACACACACACUGAAAACUGUUCUUAUCUACCUCUGCCAAAUGUUGAAUAAACAUAAAAAGAUGCUUUUUUUUUUAUGGACCAAUAAAAUUCCAACCAUUUCGUUUUGGAAUGUCCCUGCAGCCAUUUCAGUGUGGUGUGUAUGUCUCACACACAAAGAUAUCUAUAUUUUAUAGGUGCUUAGAAUUAUUCUAGUGUUUAUGUUCAUUUUUUUUUUUCCUCUCAAAUCUGUGUGAAGAGUGUGUGUGUGUGUAUGUAUAGCUGUCCUGUCUAUUAUGUAAGAUAUCUCUCUUCAGCUGUCUUUUCAUAAACUCCAAGGAAAUGUGUGUUUGUAUGUAUGUACACUUAAAUUCAUAACGCUGAAUUUGUGCAUGCAUAUCAAUUUUGUCCGAGUAAAUUAUUCCAAUAUCUAUUCUCUUUCUUUCUUUUCUCUCCACAACUUAAAUGUUUUCAUCUGACAUUUCCAGUUAUCCUUUGAUUCCUAUCUUCACAUUACACAUCUCUUAUUUCAUUGUUCUCAAGGGUAGUGACAUAUAAUCAAUGUGGUGCAUGUAUGUUUGUGUAUGCCUCCUCGUACAUACAGCAGGAUUAUCUCUUAGCCUGCAUUUUUUUAUUUUAUUUUUCUAAACCUGUGUGAAUAUGUCUGUCUGAGUGUGUCUGCUUGCUAGCAUUUCUGAGUGUGUGUGUGUGUAUGUUAUGUAUGUAUGUGCGUGUAUUAGUAUGAAUCGGUGUAGCUGCUCGUUUAUGAAAAGCCAAGCUUUCUGCCAAACUUCCAACUCUUCAGCCUUCUAUUGUAAGGUAAGGCUUUGUUAUGAGGGUGUUUUGAUGUUAAUUGCUUUAUGGAUUAAGUCAAUAAAAGGAUGGUGAAUAGUCACAACUAUUGAUAUUUCAUAGCACAUCAUUUCAACUGACCACUUUCAGUUCUGCUGUCAUCAUCACAUGCACUCUACAUUCUCCUUCAGAAUUUGUACAUCUCAUUAACCCUCUUCCUUCAUCAUUAUCAUCCAUUUUCUUCCGACAAGAAGCAGGGUGGGUGGGGGUUUGGAGUCAUUGAAAUUUUUAUUUUUUAUUUUUAAAUGGCCCACUUAACUCAUACAGUGCACCAGUCAUGUCAGCCAACCAAAAGACAGUAAAUUAUAUGCAGCAGCCAUGCUCUGCUCCUAGCCGUCCUCCACCUCAUUCCCAGGGUAUCUCUGCGGAAAGGACAGGACCACUGAUAUGCAGGCUAGUAGCAGCAGUAGAAGCAGUUGCUAUGUGUAAAUCAAUUGUAUUAAAACUUUUAAAAAAAUAAAAAAAAAAAAAAGACAGGGAAAAUAUUUGGAAAAAAAAAAAA